AUGAGUAAAUCCAAUACAAAAGAAGAAAUUCAAACACUUUGCAACAAAUUAGAAGAAUCAACAAAAUUAAAAAGAAAUGGUAAAUGUAUAAAAUUUUCAAAUUAUAUAAAUAAUACAAACAUAACAAUAGAUUCUUGGAAAUUUUUAGAUUUUGAUUAUGGUAAAGAGAAAAUAAAUUUACCUAUUCAAGCAAGAGGUUUAUUUACUUUAAAUAAUAAAUCAAUAAUUAUAAGAGGAUAUGAUAAAUUUUUUAAUGUUGAUGAAAAAGUAAUAACUAAAGAAGAAAAUUUAAAAUCAAAUACUGUGGGACCAUAUGAUGUUACAUUAAAAGAAAAUGGUUGUAUUAUAUUCAUUGGAGGUUUAGAAACUGGAGAAAUUGUUGUUUGUUCAAAACAUUCUACUGGAGUUCGAGAUGAAAGUAUAAGAAAUCAUGCAAUUGAAGGAGAAAUUCAAUUAAGAAAACAAUUAAGUGAUGAAAAAAUUAAAGAAUUAUCAAAAUUUUUAUAUAAAUAUAAUUUAACUGCAAUAACUGAAUUAUGUGAUGAUGAAUUUGAAGAACAUGUUUUACCUUAUCCUAAAGAAAAAUCUGGAUUAUAUUUACAUGGAUUAAAUUACAAUACUAUAAAUUUUAAAACUGUACCUAUACAGGAGGUCAAUGAAUUUGCCAAAAAAUGGAAUUUUAAAUCAAUUGAAUAUUUACUGUUUAAUAAAUAUGAUGAACUUUUUCAAUUUUUGAAAAAAUGUGCUGAAACAGGUACUUAUAAUCAAAGAGAAGUUGAAGGAUUUGUUAUACGAUGUAAAUUAUCAAAAAAUAAUGAUGAUUUUUUUUUUAAAUAUAAAUUUGAAGAACCAUACUUAUUAUAUAGACAAUUUAGAGAAGUUACAAAAAAUUUAAUUGAUGGAAUACCUAUACAAUCAAUAAGAAUGAAAAAGAAUAAAUUUAUAGUUAAAAAAUAUUUAGAAUUUGUUGAAAAAUUAUUUCAGGAUCAACCGGAUUUAAAAGAAGAAUUUUCAAAUGGUCAUGGAAUUAUAAAAGUAAGACAAUUAUUCUUGAAUUAUUUAAAUGAAACUAAUGGAAUGAAUUUAUUAACUAUAGAUGCAAAAUUAAGUGAAGAAUUGAAAGAAUUAAAUUUAGAAGAAACUACAAAAUAUAUAAUUAUACCAGUUGCAACUAUUGGAUGUGGUAAAACAACAGUUUUAAAAACUUUAAACUCGUUAUUUCCUGAUUGGAUUCAUUUUCAAAAUGAUGAUAUAUCAAAUAAAUCUAAAUUAAAAUUGGUAGAUUUAACUUUAAAAGCAUUAGAUAAUUAUCCUGUUGUAUUAUUUGAUAGAAAUAAUUCAGAAAUAAGAGAAAGAAAACAAAUUUUUAAUUCAAUAAUUGAAAAAAGAAAUAAUUAUAUUGAUCCAAUGAUUAAUUUAAAAUAUAUUGGUUUAAAUUUUAUAACUGAUGAAAUAAAUAAUGAAGAAUUAUGGAAUAUAACUUAUAAUAGAAUAAAAGAAAGAGGUGAUAAUCAUCAACUGAUUAAAAUUAAUAGUAAUGAAAAAAUAGCAAUUUCAGUUAUGAAAGGUUUUAUAAAUAGAUUUAAACCAAUUGAUGAUUCAAAAUUACCAGAUUCUCAAUUUGAUUAUGUUAUAAAUUUAACUUUAAAAGAACCAAAUUCAUCUUUAAAGAAUGUUAAAAUUAUAAUAGACUAUACAACUAAAAAUAUUCCUGAUCUUAUUAAAAUUAAACCAACUGAUGAAGAAAUAGAUAUAAAAUUUCAAGAAAGUUUAUCUUAUAAACCAACAUUCACAAAAGAAUUUUCAAAUAAAUCAUCAUCAUCAACUACCCCUCAAAAAAAAAAAGAACCAACGUAUUUUGGGAUCUCACUUCAACAAAAAGACGUCCUAAAAUUGGUAAAUAGAAAUGAAAAUCAUAAACAAUUACAAAAUUUAAAAAAUCAAAACUUAAUACAAGAUGAAUUUCAUAUUACAUUAGCUCAUAUAACAGAUGCCUACAAAAGUAAAAAAAAAGAAAAUAAAAAAAAAUGGAAAAAUAUUUUAAAAAUCUUGGGAGUUGGUGAUGGUGCCGAAGGUAAAAAUAUAUUAAAUUUUAAAAGUAAUAUUAAAUUACAACAAAUUUUAAUUGACUAUGAUAAAUUAAUAUGUAUUAAAGCUAAGAUCCUAUCAAUUCAAAAAGAAAAUGAAGAAAAAGAAGAACCAAUUGAAUUAAUUCCAUUAAAUGAAUAUUUACAUGUAACUAUAGGUUGUUUCCCACCAAUAAAACCUUUUUAUUCAAAUGAAACUUUAAAAUUGGUGUAUAAAGAUGAGACAGAUUUAGAUAGUUUAAAACCAGAUGGAAUAUAUAAAUUUAAAAAAGAAAGAGAAGAAGAAAAAGAAGAAGAAAAAGAAGAAGAAAAAGAAGAAACCAUUGAAGUUAUUAAUUUUGAUUUAAAUGAUGAAAUUGAAUUUAAAAAUCAAUCUUUAUUUGCAUUUUAUUAA